AUGUCGGACCCAUCUAGCGUCAUUGCGAUCAGUAUCCAGCCUGCGGCUCCAGAGACUUGGGUCGAGUUUGGCAUCAUGCCACAAUUGGCAGAGGCGAUGAGCCGAGAGGACGAAUGGACUGGAACCAAAGAUGCCGCAGCACGAAAGCGAAAAGCCCCCAUUAAGAAGACCGAUGAACUCGGUGCCUCUCCCGAGACAAGGGUUGGAUCAGAAGAUCUUAUGCAAUGCUGGGAUGAUGAGCAACAAGCCGUGUCCGCCGUACCAGCUUCCCGCAUGAUGCAGCUACACCGCACAAGACGACCUUUACUCCCACCAUGGUCCUCUGUAAACAAAAAAUAA